GGUGCCAGCUGUCCUUGCGUCUGGCGUCACGACGUCGGGGAAAAAGGGGGAGAGAUGAGAGGAAGCUGCAAUAAACACAGGGCGUCUGCGCCUAGCUAAGUAGGACAAUAAAGUGAAAACGGUAUCAAUGCUCUAACAAUGGAUUUGUCCGAUAUGUUUCUUAAAGUUUUCCUCUUCGUCUACUUACUAAACUACACCCAAGGACACUAUAGAAAUCCCCUAAACAAGUACAUCCAUCACUAUGAAGGCCUUUCCUACGAUACAGAGCUCAUGCACAGCAAGCAUCAAAGGGCCAAGAGGGCGCUCUCUCAUGAAGACAGGUUCCUUCAGCUAGAUUUUCAUGCACAUGGAAGACAUUUUAAUUUACGAAUGAGGAGAGAUACCACCUUGUUUUCCCAAGAUUUAAAGGUGGACAUUUCAGGAGAAGAGAUUCCAUACGAUACCUCUCAUAUCUACACGGGAGAAAUCUACGGUGAGAAAGGUACCUUGACUCAUGGCUCCAUUGUGGAUGGUAAGUUUGAGGGCUUCAUUCAGAGCUACCAUGGUACCUACUAUGUGGAGCCUGCUGAGAGAUACCUGGAGGAUAAAAAUGUGCCAUUCCACUCUGUCAUCUACCACGAAGAUGACAUACAUUACCCACACAAAUAUGGUCCAGAGGGAGGCUGUGCUGAUAGCUCAGUGUUUGAAAAGAUGAGGAAGUACCAGGGCUCUGCUGUAAAGGAAGCACCCAAGGAGCUCCACACUGAGGGAGGCUCUAAUGACCCUGUGUUGCUGAGGAAGAAGAGGAUGGCCCAGGCUGAGAAAAACACCUGCCAGCUCUUCAUUCAGACUGACCACCUCUUCUACAAGUACUACAAGACCAGAGAGGCCGUCAUCGCUCAGAUCUCCAGUCAUGUGAAGGCAAUUGAUGCGAUCUAUCAGGGCACAGACUUCAUGGGUAUUCGCAACAUCAGUUUCAUGGUGAAGCGGAUCAGGAUAAACACUACUAGUGAUGAGAGGGACAAGUCCAACCCAUUCCGCUUUGCCAACAUCGGAGUGGAGAAGUUCUUGGAGCUGAACUCGGAGCAGAACCACGAUGACUACUGCCUGGCUUAUGUUUUCACCGACAGAGACUUUGAUGACGGGGUGUUGGGUUUGGCAUGGGUGGGAGCCCCCUCAGGGAGCUCCGGAGGCAUCUGUGAAAAAAGCAAGUUGUACUCUGAUGGAAAAAAGAAGUCUCUCAACACUGGUAUAAUCACUGUACAGAACUACGCCUCCCACGUACCUCCAAAAGUCUCCCACAUCACUUUUGCACAUGAAGUAGGACACAACUUUGGCUCCCCGCAUGACUCCGGAUCUGAGUGCACCCCAGGGGAAUCCAAAAGCCAAGACAAGAAGGAGAAGGGCAAUUAUAUAAUGUAUGCAAGAGCAACAUCAGGAGACAAGCUCAAUAACAAUAAGUUCUCCAUCUGUAGCAUUCGUAACAUCAGCCAGGUGCUGGAAAAAAAGAGAAGCAACUGCUUUGUUGAGUCUGGCCAGCCCAUCUGUGGCAACGGCUUGGUGGAGCCAGGAGAGGAGUGUGACUGUGGCUACAGUGACCAGUGCAGGGACCUGUGCUGCUACGAUGCCAACCAGCCUGACAAUAAGAAGUGCAAAUUAAAGCCCAACAAAGUCUGCAGUCCCAGCCAGGGUCCUUGUUGUACUACCGAAUGCACUUACAAGGGCCAUAAUGAGAAGUGCAGGGAGGAGUCGGAGUGCGCUCACCAGGGCAUGUGUAACGGAGUCAGCGCCCAGUGCCCCGCAUCUGAGCCCAAGGCCAACUUCACCGCCUGCCAUGGAGAGACCCAAGUCUGCCUCAACGGGGGCUGCUCUGGCUCCAUCUGCAAGAAGUACGGGCUCGAGGCUUGCACAUGUGCCAGCCAAGACGGCAAGGACGAGACUGAGCUUUGCCAUGUGUGCUGCAUGGAGAAGAUGAAUCCCAAUACAUGUAGCAGCACCGGAUCAGAGCGCCUGGCUCGUUUCUUCAAUAAGAAAGUUACCACGCUGCCAGCCGGCUCACCCUGCAACGAUUUCAAGGGCUACUGUGACGUGUUCAUGAAGUGUCGUCUGGUGGAUGCAGACGGACCACUGGCCAGGCUAAAGAAGGCCAUCUUCAACCCGGAGCUCUACGAGAAUAUUGCAGAGUGGAUUGUGGCUCAUUGGUGGGCAGUGCUUUUGAUGGGCAUCGCCCUCAUCAUGCUCAUGGCUGGUUUCAUUAAGAUCUGUAGUGUGCAUACACCAAGCAGUAACCCCAAACUUCCCCCUCCCAAACCACUUCCAGGCACUUUGAAGAGGCGGCGAGCGCAGCAGCAUGCCAGCUCUCAGGUGCAGCAGUCUCAGCACCCACAUUCUCACCAGCACGGCCACGGUGGACACGGCGGCCAGCGGCAACCCCAGAGGCAGCCUCAGCGCCAGGCACAGCCCCAGAGGCACCACCGUCAGCCCAGAGAGAACUAUCAGAUGGGCCAGAUGAGACGCUGAGACCCUGGACCCCACCCAGCCUCCCUCCAAUGCCUUGGCUCCUUCUUGUGCCUACAGUGGGAAACAAAAGCGUCACUCCAUCCAAAGAAAAGCCUGACAUGGUUGUUAGUCACCAUCAUAUCCUCCAUUUUAUAGACAAAACAGAUGCGUGAAAAACAGAAAACGCUAUCUAGCAUCUCGAUUGGCUCUUUGUGGAGUGGAUUUGACCAUCAGCCAUUUCCAAUCCAGUGCGAUCUAGCAUCUUUUUCCACUUUUUUUCUUUUUGAAGGAGUGCCAAGGAGUUAACAAUUUGUGUAGCUUUAGUCCAUUCUGUGAUUGAUUUUUUUUUUUUGUUUGUUUGUUUGUUUUUUUUUCUUUUGCAACAUCUUCUUGAGUGAUACGCCUGUGGCUGCUGGUGAAUUGUUCUAUGCUUUUCUUUCGCCAUCCUAGCCAGGAAAGAGAGAUGCUAAAUGAAGAUUUGCGGCACUUUUGUGAUUUAAACAUGUCAAAAGGCUAAAGACAGGCUCCGGUCUCUUGUGCAGACGGUCUUCUGCAUGUGAUUGUACAUAUUUAGUGUAUCAUAAGUGAAAACAAACUUUCUUCUACUGUAAAUGUGUAAUUCUUCACUUAUUUUCUUUAAUUUUUUUGGUUAGUGCUCUCAGGACUCUUAACACAUAAAUGAAGGAGUGACAGUUGUGAUGAGUUCCUUGGACAUCACUGUUGAGGAUUUGUGGCUACCAAGUUCUCUUCGCAGUCGUCCAAUCAGGUGGAUCUCUCUCACUUUUGUUAGAUUGCUAGGUUUCAAAUUUGAACAAGGCCACCAUAUCCCACUUUUUAGGCCUUGUUUGAGGUCACUGUUUUUCUUUUAUUUUAAAUUGUCUUGCUAACGUGUUUUGCUCAUGUUGUGUAACAAGCUAGAUGAGGUAUAGAGAGUCAUGGGAACAAAGUUUGGUACAUCUUCUAUCGCCUCUACCCAUUUGUUCUUGAUGAUGAAGGAAGAAUAACCACUAACUGAAGCCGAUUUAAAGACAAAGGAAAGUGAAGGUUAAUUUAGAAGUGAGAGUGCAUCAUGUUACAGAGUUAGUUUACAUGUGUGGAAAUAAAAAAUGACUCCAGUGUGGAUGUAUAAAAAAAAAAAAGUAAGAUUAAAUCAAUCUAUUAUUUUUGAAGAUAGCAAAUCUAAGACAUUUUCAAUGUGGGCAUGCAGACAUUUAUUAAAUGUGACUAUUAAUUGACCGAGGUCUGUAAUAUUUGUAUGUCACUCAACACUCUUUACUUUGACAGCUAUUAAUGUUAGUCUUACACCUGGAAGGAGCAGCUUAAUGCAGCAGUAUUGUCACACUAUUCACUAACACUUUUACCAGUGUGUUCACUAGUUUUGCUGAAGAAAAGCAGCAGUUAAAACUUUUUUUUUUUUUAAUCGCCUACAGUUUUCUCCUGGUCUGAUCACAUUGUGGACUGAAUCUCCUUAAGAGCUCAUGGGUGCAGGCCUCAGUGUGAAUUUCAUUCAGCGUGCCAUAAAACUCCAUAAAGUUGAUCUCUGCGCACAGGUUUUCUAAAACACCAGUGAGGUUUCUGGAGCCACUUUAAAUGGAAGAACUGAUGGAGACGUUAUAGUUUAUUUUUUUGUGGGAUUGUUUGACCUCAGGUGUUUUCUUCCUCCUCUCGCUGCAGCAAAGCAUGAAGGACGUUUUGGAAAAUAACACUAACUGUAAGGAUUUCAUAAUCUUUUCAUGAUGUUUUAUGCAAAAUACUGUGAUUUAUUUACUGUGCAAGUAUUUCACCCAACAAAAUGAUUUGAUAUGUGGGAGCAAACUUUGGCACAGACUGAAAAAGCUCCGAAUUUUGCAUUAUGUUUGGCAAAGGACCUGUUUUUGUGCUCUGACUUUAUUUUAUCCUGGCAUUAUUAUUUUUACAUGCAUGCACUUCUGAUUACAGCUAAUGUAUUACAACUCUAUCCCAGUGGUCAUAAUAAUUACACAUGUGCUCUUGAGGGAACUUGAAGUGAAAGAGUCUCGCAGUCAGCAGUUUAUUUCACAUGGCAGUCGAAUUAGGUUGGUGCGUUCUGCAACUUCUCAUGACUGUACAAAAUGGAGCUUUUAAAAUUGAAUCUCCUAGGCUGGAUCACACCUGUUAGACCUAGAGAAUUAACAUGUAAACUUGUACAGUACUUCAAAAAUUUGCAUUUCAUUUGACAAUGAAAAUUUUGAUACAUCUGUUAAUUUUUUUUUAAAAUUCUAAUUCCACAGUAAAUUGUUCAAAGAUGUUCAUAUGUGACAAACUUUCCUCUCUUCUAAGUUAUUUAUGUUCUUAUAUGUGCUAGUUGAACUGGAGUUUGCUUUGCUCGAUACUUUUCUCCACCAUCAUCAAUGGUAAAAACAAAUCAGUGUGAUGGAGUUAUUAAUGUUACAUUCUCAUUUUUUUUGUCUUUGUUAUCCUGUGGCAUGGUUUGGGUAGAAGAGCAGAAGAAUAAUGCCUGUACAUUUAUUUUUAAUUUCGUAGUCUUGGUAAAAUUUUUAGCUAAACGUGCACUGAAAAUGUCCAGAUUGAGUUGAAAUGUUGUAGGUGAUGUAGGCCGAAAGAACACGAGAUUAAAAAGUAAAACUACUGUUUGAUUUUAAUGUUCACUGUGUUUUAUACAGUAUCGGAAAUUUUUGUUCACUUUGAACAUUUUUACUAAAAAAAAAUAAAAAUAAAAUUGUAUUGUGCAAAGAGAUGUAAUUUUUGGAGUACUUGAAAUGCAUUAAUUAAAAGACUUGUUCAAAAUAAAAUAGACCCCUGUUUACUGUC